AUGUCCCGUACUGAAAGUCAACAACUCUCGCAUCCGUGCCGGGUUAUUUACUGCGGUGAAGCCGGGGAAGAAGGCCCCGCACCGAAACCUGCCAACAAAGGCUUCCUCUCCCACCACGCCGCAAUUCUGCCGUCCGGAAUGAAUGAAGGCGACGAGUUUGCCAACCCGCUGUAUCUAACGUCAUACGGUUCUCAAGCGGAUUCCUUGACCCCUGGAUCUUUGUAUGGGAUGACCUGCAAGAUGAUUGGCACAAAUGACAAGAAUCCCGAUCAUUUACACUUCGAGAACGCUAACCGCAUCAACUUUGGGGUAGUUGAGCAACUUGGUAUCAAUGUCACGUCUGAGAUGAUGGACAAAGUCCAGAUCAUUGCCUUAGGUAUAAUUGUCGGAAAAGAUAUCAUCAAGGAUCCUGCUUACAAGGGCAAACCAACCGUCGUGGCUACAAUCAAGCAUACUGAUUAUGAUCCCUUCACCCGAAUGUCUAUUAGUUGGUGCACAAAGCACUAUAUCCCGCCUGUUCGCAACAUGGAGCGUGCCCAAAGUCUAUGUGUCAUUGGCCGUGAGGCUCAAUUUACCAGGGUCAUCAAGGAUUACAACACUGAGAAACAUAUGUGGGAGUCCGAAGUUAACGCAAUCAGUGUGACUUUGGGGCACUUGACUGAAGGCCCAUUGACUCCUACGAAGGCAAUGGGAAGACCAACCGGGGGUCGAAUUCCACUGUCUGUGCGCAGCAAGGCGGCGAAAGUGGUCAAUAAAGAAGAAUCCCGCCCUGAUCCUUACGAUGGCGAGCCGCAUCAUGAGGCCGAGAACGACACCUUGGAUCAAAGUGGAUCAGUCCCGAGUUCCUCCGCGCCGUUAGCAAGUGACAGUGCUAAGCUUGCGACGCCCUCCAACAAGCGUCCGCGCUGCGAGUUGUAA